AUGGAUGCUGAUAGUGACGGUAAGCUGUCAAAGGAGGAGUUCGUUGCACUGGGGCCGCUAUUGGAUCCGCCCAUGAGCCAGGGCAGCAUGCUGCCGCUCUUCUCGGAGGCGGACGCCGACGGCGACGGCUUCGUGUCGCCGGAGGAGCUGCCCGGCCCCGCGGCGGCCGGCGCCGAGGGCGACGAGGCCGACGAGGCCAGCGACGACGGGCCGCGGUUGGCCGAUCGGGAGCUUGCCGCGUACCGACGCGUGCCGGCCAUCGCGUCGGGCACGGCGGAGCUGGUCCUCACGCUGCGGCCAGACGUGAAGGUCCCCCGGCCAAGCGAGCUGAGCAAGGACGUCGGGGAAGCAUUCCAGGCAGAGCUCGGCAAGCAGCUCGGGCUCGACGUCAACCUGGCGAGCGCGGAGAGCGUGGGCGACGGAGGCACGGUCCGCAGCGUCCUCCUGAUGUGGACCGCCGAUGCGGAGGACGGUGGCGCUGUGCAGGCCACGCUGCAGAGCCGAGCCACCGCCAUCGAGAAGGCCGUGGAGGAGCGCGUCACGGGCCUCGGUGCCCCCUGGAUGCGCGGGGGCACCGCCGAGCUCUGGCUCGGCUGCUCCCUCGACUUCUACGGGCCCGGCGCCGCGAGCCUGCCGCGCGGCUCGAAGCUGGUGCGGAAGCUGGGCGUCCAGAAGGACCGCCAGGCCGCGCACUCGCUCGACGCCCGCGCGGGCGGGGGGGCGGAGGCCCGGCCCUGA